AUGCUCAGCAAGCAAGAUCAAUCCCGUGAGCUCCAGAAGCGCCAGGAGAAGGAGAGGCAGGAGGCUCAAAACAGAAAUAUGGAUCAGCUUGCACAGCUAGUCGUCGACACCAGGAAUGCCACCAUUCAAGAGGAGUGUCGGCGAGCCCAGGAGCGCGCCCAGCGUCAGAACCGCAGAUAA